CCACAGCAACCCUUCCUGUGCCCUCACUGCAGCCGCAGCAUUUCCACACUCUCCAGAGUCGAAUAUGCAGGAUGUGGAGGGCCGGGGGUUGUGCUGGUCCCUUUCCAAGAGGAGGAUGUUGUGGACAGGUUCAAAUGGCAGAGACAAGGCAUUACGUUUGGAGCUGCCACAUCCUAUGUGCAUCUGGAGGAGCUGUGUGAAGGAUCCAGUGCAACUGUUUGCAAGGGGAUCAGCAGGAUCAAUGGCCAGUUGGUGGCACUCAAAGUUAUCAGGCUGCAAGCAGAGGAGGGAGUGCCCUUUACGGCCAUUCGGGAAGCUUCUCUUCUCAAGCAUUUGAAACAUGCCAACAUUGUACUGCUUCAUGACAUUUUCCAGGCCAAGGAGACACUAACAUUCGUUCUUGAGUACAUGCACACAGAUCUGGCACAGUACAUGGCCCAGCAUCCUGGAGGACUUCAUCCUUGGAAUGUUAUGCUGUUCAUGUUCCAGCUUUUGCGAGGCCUGGCAUACAUCCACCAACAACACAUUCUUCACCGUGAUCUGAAACCCCAGAACUUGCUCAUCAGCUGCCUCGGUGAGCUCAAAUUAGCUGACUUUGGCCUUGCUUGUGCCAAGUUCAUCCCCAGUCAGACAUACUCCUCUGAAGUGGUGACACUCCGGUACCGUCCUCCUGAAGUUUUGCUUGGAGCUACAGAUUACUCUUCUGAUCUAGAUAUCUGGAGCGCAGGCUGUAUUUUUGUUGAAAUGAUCCAGGGUCAGCCAGUAUUUGCAGGAACUUCUGGUACUCCUGAACAGCUGGAGAAGAUCUGGGAGGUAUUGGGGGUCCCAACUGAGAACAUCUGGCCAGGACUUUCCAAGCUCCCCAACUACAAGCCAGCAUUUAAAAACGUGUCCUUGAAAACCGGCAACAACAACACAGCCUUCCCAAAAGUGCCAACUCUACAGUGUUCCAGUCUGCUAGAGAUGCUUGAAGCAAACUGGUGCUUCCAGGAGACCUCAGAGACUCCGAGUGAUCUGUGACAGGCUGAGCAGGGUGCCGCAGCAGAGGAUCUGGCCUCUGGCAUGCUCACAGCCUUCCCUCCGUGGCAGAUCUCUGCACAAGAUGCCCUUCUUCAUGGCUUCAGCCCUCUGCCUCCACAGCUCUACCAGGUGCCUGCUGGACAAUCAGUGCUCACAGUUCCAGCAGUGAGACUGCAACCUGAAGUCUGUGACCUGUCUGCUCCUUACCAAAAAAAACAUCUCUCCGAACGUUCAAGCAAGUUUUGGUAGAAGGCAGAACUGACUGACUACUUCCUGGGUAACCAUGUGGUUACCACUGCCAAAGCUGCUGCCAUCAGCCAGAGCACAUGAAUUCCUCUGGGCACUGGAGGUGGGAAAGCAAAACCCAUACCCUGAGUUGGAUCACCACACCCCGGGCUGAGGACAAAGUGGGAACUUUUCUCACAUUCAGAGGGAAGAGAUCGGCAAGCCAGUGGCCCCCAGUGCACAGUGUGCAGUAGUAUGAUGGGAGGUCUGGGUUUGUUUUGUCAUAUUCCCGAAUCUCAGACCAGUGCCCUUUCCUCUGAUGCCUCCGCAGUCAAAAUAUGGUUUCUUUUCCACAUUGUUUAAACAGACCAAAUUGCUUUUUUUGCCUUUGUCUAUGUCUAUUGAGUUCACAUUUUAUAGCUUACUUGUUUUGAUUUAACACACAAUGGAAUUUGCUCAAUGAAGUACCAGAAAUGACAAAGAGCUCUACCCAGGGGGCAGAACAGCAAUGUUGCAAUGGAUGUUAUGACAGUAUGUACAUUCCUCCACUGCAAUGAAUAAAGCCAUAGCUUUACCUUUC